AUGAUAGCAGAUUUGAUUCUCGACAUCCAAGCGAAGGAAAAAAAAAAGCAGUUAACAAAUGGUUAUGGAGAGAGGUGUUUUGCACAAAGUUUAAUGGCCAUUAUCACGACAUUCACAAAAGCAGUAGCAGCAGCAGGAAACACAAUGUGGUCAGGAAAUAAAAUUUAUUAUCACAUUAUCUUUUUCUUAAUUCAUUGUUCUUCAUUAGGGCAAAAGGAGAAGUUAAAUAUCUAUUGGAGAUAUUUCGUUAAGCAUCAUCAAGCUUUUUAA